AUGACGGCGAAGCUGGACGAACUGAAGCACCCGGCUCCGGUGAGGAGUGCGGAGUGGACGCCGGCGCCGAUCGAGAGUGGGUGCGAGUGGACUCCCGCGAAGGGCUACGAGGGCCACAGCGCGGCGCUGCUCACCAUGACGACCGACUUCGCGGUGCGCGUUUGGGUCGACGUGACGAUCGCAACACCCGACGGGGGGGAGUCGACACAGCUGUGCGUGGCGAUGAAGCUCGACGGCGCGCCGGGACCGAACGACGGUCUGAAGCCCGUCUGUGUGCACUGGGCGAGACCCGUUCCCGCAUCAGUCGGCGCGCUGGCGUGCCCACAGGACAUCUGGUGGGUGGUCCUGCGAUGGACGCCCGUCGCGGGCAGCGCGGAGCGCGAGGGGGACGUCGUGCGUCUCUGGGCGAUGCAGGGCCUCAAGCCCGUCUCGAUCCCUACGGGCACGCUCGCGCAGCUGUCGCGGACCGCGGCGCAGCCGCGCUGUGCGCCGUGGGGGAGGUUCCGCUUGUGUGGGGUGGGGCCGGGGCCCGGGGCGGCCGAGUCGGCGUCCUACACGACGUACGCAGCCGACGUGCGUGACAGACCGAUGCUGGUGUUCAACGCGACGUGGACGGAGGCCGCGUCGGUCCCGCAGCCGCUGAUCGCGCGCACCGAGUCCCUGAAGGUCGAGCCCCUCGUUGAUAGCGCUUGGAAGGUGCCGCGGUCCACGAUCGUGGCGAUCAGCGCUGGAAACGGCGCGUGCAGACAAAGCGGGUCGCCGCGGCCGACGCGCUGCGUGGCCGCCGCCACCGAGCACGGCGACAUCUUCGUCCACGCGCUGCCCGGCAUGCAGUGCAUCGCCGCGCUCCCGGCCGCUGCCGGCCAGGGCGAGAGCGACGUCGUCGCCCUUCUCUGGGCGCACGAGCUCAGCGGCAAGCUCAAGGCCGCGCCGUGCCCGCUGCUCGUGGCGCACGCGUCGUCGAUCGUGCGCUUCAAGCAGGACGCCGGCGCGGCCUGGCACCAGGACGGCGCGUCCCUGCAGCUCUCGGGCGACCUGGUGGCCGCGGUGCUGGACCCUUUUCGGAAGCAGGUCAUCGUCCUCGCGAACCGGGCCGCGGACGCCGGCGCGACAGUGAUCGGCGUGGACUGCAGGGUCGGGCAGCCGCUCGCCGUCGCGUGGCAGCGGGACGUGCCCGUCGAAGCCCGCAUUUCGCACGCAUGCGCGCUUUCGACGACCCACCUGCUUGCAAUGCACGCUGGCGGGGCGACGGUGGUGCCGGCGAGCGAGGUGUGCGCUGAGUACCCGGCGGAAGCAGGCUCUGACGCGGACGGAUUCGCUGCGCACGUGGCGGCCCGCAUCGCGCACGUGGUGCGGGAAUCGGACGCAGCCAGCACCGUGACUGCGCUGGCAGCGCAUGGGUCCGGGGCGUGGCUGGCGAGCGCGACGUCAUCGCAGCACGGCUGCACGGUGCGAAUUUUCCAGGUCGGCACGGGGCGCGAGGAGGCGGCGAUGCAGCUGGUCGACGAGGAGGGGGAGUCGACGAGCCUGGCAUGGACUGAGUCAGUUCUGGCGCCGGUGCUGAUGGCAGCGCACGGACUGGCCGUGCUGGCCUCGUCCCGAUCGCGCACGGGUCGCUGGGGGCCUCUUCAGAAGAUCUGUCCGCUGCCGUCGCCCGCGCAGGGGCUGCGGCUGGCGGGUCCCGCGCUCGUGGUGGCUGCAGUGGGGACUGAGCUGGUGUCCUCGCCCGCGGUGCCGGCGGAGGACAUGGCCGCGGUGAGCACGAUGCUCACUGCGGGCCGGGGCGACGAUCACAGGGGGUCGCUGUUGGCGGGCUGGCGGGAGGUGCCCGCCGGCGCUGCCAACAUCACCUGUGCGGUUCUGCGCGGGCACCUGGCGGUCGCGGGCCUGCUUUUCAAGCACCUCGGCGCCAUGCUUCUGGCCACGCUCGACGCGCACCGCGAGGAGGGGAGCACGUCGUUCUCGAUCACGACGCCGGAAGAGGAGGAGGUGGGCCUUUUCCGGCUGCUCGCGUCGUCGACGGUUGGGGAGCUGGCCACGGACGUGGCACCUGGGCCCGCUGCUGGGCGGUCGAUCGCAGAAGGGCUGGUGCGGCUGGCGCACGCGCUUGCGAGCCCGCCCGAGGGGGGAGACCUCGACGGUCCAGCAAAGGAGGUGGUUGGCGCGCUGGAGUGCUGCGUGGCCGCGCAGAAGGUGCUGCAGGGACUGAGCACCCUCGGCGGCGAGGGCGAACGCGGCGACGACGCGGGCAGGGGCCGUUUCUCGCACCUGUUCGGGGCCUUCUCCCGGUCGGACGGCACGAAGGAGGUGGCCGGUGGGGGCGCAGUCGCCGAGGUCGUGCCGCGGCCGCGUUCAGGCGGGGAGGGCGCCGCGCCGACGUGGCACGCGUUGCGGCUCUGUGGCGUCGGCUACUGGCUUACCGACCCCGCACUGGCCCGCGCCACGGCCGAGCGCGUGGCGAAAGCGGAGUACGCGACGACCAGGGACCCGGAGGCCUGCGCGCUGUGGCACAUCGCGCUGGGUCGGAAGAGCGUCCUGCAGGGUCUGUGCCGCGUGCAGGGCAACCAGGCCCGGCUGGUUGAUUUUCUGUCGCGCGGGUUCGAGUCCGACAAGGACCGCCAGGCCGCGCAUAAGAAUGCCUUCGUUCUGCUGAGCCAGCGCCGCCACGCGAUGGCCGCCGCCAUGUUUUUGCUCGGGGGAGGGCUUCAGGAGGCCGCUGACGUGUGUGCACGCGACCUGGGGGACGUGCAGCUCGCGCUGCUGCUCUGUGCGGUGUCCAAGGACCCGAACGCGCGCGCCGUGCGGGCCAGCAUCGUCGAGCGCGCCCUGGAGGAGGCGAAACCGGGGGCGGAGCGAUGGCUGCUGUUGACGGCGCUCGGGGACGACGUCGCCGCGGAGGCGGAGCUCGCACGGGCGUGGCUGUGCCCAGAAUCGAUGGUCAGCGAGACGGUCGCGUGGGCCGAUGCGCUUCUGCUCGGAACGGAGAGUCUGCUGCAGCUGGCGUGCCACGACAGAGUGACGGCAGCGCCAGCGCUCCUGGCCGGCCUCGGCGCCAGGCUCGCGUGCCACGCGGCCAGCUGCGCAGCUGCUGGUCGACCCGAUGCAGCAGUCGCCGCGGCGGCGCAGUGGGCAGGCGUGAGCGCGGCGACCGGCGCAGAAUCCAAGGUGCAGCGUUCAGAGCGUGCUGCGGUGUCGCAGGCCCUCGCCCGGGCCUGCACGGCCGCGGUGCUCGUCGCGGCUCCGCGCGGUGCAUGCGGCAAGGACCCUGCCGCCGUCGCGGCCGCCGUGUCGGCUGCGCUGUUCAGCGGCGACGACCACAGCUGGAGCGGCGUGGCAUCAGUGCUGGAGUCGCGUGGGCUGCCGUCGGACCGGCCCGCGGGGGACAGCGCAGCAGCGGGCGCGGCGGCGGCGACGGGCGCGAUCACGGCGCACAUCCUCGCGCGUGCGCUGGCCAGCGCGCACGCCACGCAGGGCGACGGGAGCGCGGACGCGUGGCUCGCGCACCGCCAGGGGUCCCUCACGCCCUCCUGGGACUGCCGCGCCUCGGAGAGCCGCAGGUCCCUCGGGGCUGCGUCCUCGACGACCGUGGGGGCGGCGAUCGCCCCCGCGUCCUCCACGGGCCCGCUGGGCCCCGCGAUGCAAAUGCUCUGCCUGCGCCGCAACGUCGUGGCCUUCGCUGCGUGCCCGUUCCGGGACGCCGGCGAGUCCGGGCGCGCGGCUGCACCGCUCCUGGCGGUGUGCACGCCGCAGGGGCUGCGCGUUGAGGCAGCGUCGGCGCCGAUGCGUGCGCGCUGGACGGAGACGCAGACCCGCGCCAAGGCUGCGGCGUCUGCGUUCUCCCGGAGCCGCUCGCUGUUCGGGAUGGUGCAGUCCGCGAUCGACGGGAUCCGGCAGGCGGCGACGCCGACGGGGCAGGACGGCGCGCGGUCGUUCGGGACGCCCCUGCGUCCGCCAGGAGUGGCGCGGUACGGCCCCGCACCGGGCGAGCGGCCCCCCGGAGCCGUCGUGCUGCCGUCGGACCGCAUCCACUCGCGCGCGCUGGCGUGCCACCCGCACCGCUCGCUGCUCGCGUCCGGCGCGUCGGGCGCCAGGGUGGCUGCGUGGGACUGCACCAACCCGUGGGACUGCACGGAGGCGCUCGCGACGUACGCGUUCCACGCCGAGGGGCACGCGGGGAAGCUGCACUUCGCGCAGGACCCGUUCACGCACGUCAGCCAGGUGUGCUUCAGCAAGUGUGGGCAGCGCAUGGCCGGCGUCCUGCGGUCGGGCACCGCGGCGGCGUGGCCGAUCGACGGACCGGUGGUUGCGCACGCCGGCGUGCCGGACUGGUCGCAUCGGUGCUUCUCGCGCAAGGGCAAGGAUGUGGCGUUCCUGGGGUCCUCGAGCAGCAUCCUCGUCGUUGCGGGGCUUGGCAUGGCGGCCCGGAGUCUGGCCGUGUGGGACACGGCCACGCCGCCGGCCGCGGGGCCGGUCGCCGUGCUGCAGACGCACGCGAGCGGAUGCAACUGCAUCGCGCAGCCGGACGGCGGGCUGCACAUCAUCGCCGCAGGCAAGGACGGCGCGCUGUGCUGCUACGACCUGCGCAUGGUGGGCACUGACGAGCGGCAGGCGCCGUUGUGGGUGGCAGCGACGCCGGAUCCAAGUGCCAGCGCGCACGGCGCGGGGUCGCCUGCACCGCCCGGUGCGACGCCGCUCGCUGUCCCUGGAGGCGGCACCCGAGCGCCAGUCACGCGACUGACCGCGGGGCGGCUGCGAGUGGAGCCGGACGGUGCGCGCACGGAGGUGGCCGCGGCGGGGCACGCGGACGGGUCGGUGACGCUGUGGGACGUCGCGAGCGGCGCGUGUCUGCAGCACAUAGCGUCAGUGCACCGGGAGCGUCGGCGGGGGCUGCUGAACCUGAUGCAGGGGUGGGGUGGGGGGCUGAUGGCGGGAAGCGGCAGCGAGCGAGGGGUGGCGGUGCCGGGGCUCGCGAUCCUGGACGAGGUGCUGCUGAGUUGCGGGCACGAGGGGAACGUGCUGCUGCACCCUGGGCCAGGGAUGGGUUGGGGGAGCGCGGGAGGGGCAGAGGGGGCGUAA